CUAAUAAACAAUAAAUGAUUUAAAAUCCGACAUUUUUACCAUAUAACAUUUAUUACGUUAUAAAUGCAUAUAUUUAUUUUAUCUGGAAUAUAGCAUGACGUGCUGAUACUUGAGCGAUACUAUUGGGAAACCCAUCUAGCUGUGCCGAGUAUUGAGCAAUCGAAUACGGAAUAGGUCUCGUGAUUGUGACCCACUUUACAACGUAAAAACAUCGGCGCUGAGUGGUGAAAGUUACACAGUCGUUCGUUUUGAUCUUUUAUAAAUAGUAGUUCGUUUUUCAUUCGAUGGCAACCAGUAAGCCAGACCAAGAAUUUUACAGAGUUGAAAUGGAAUCAGGUUCUCAGCGAGACAAUGGCAGCAACAUCGGGUGCUGUGGAUACAUCCUGUACGCACUGUCCAUCAUCAUGAUCGGCCUCACGCUGCCCUUCUCACUAUGUCUUUGUAUGAAGGUAGUCCAGGAGUAUGAAAGAGCAGUCAUAUUUCGACUUGGUCGACUGUUAUCGGGUGGAGCCAAAGGACCUGGUUUGUUCUUCAUUAUUCCCUGCAUGGACCAAUACACAAAAGUUGACAUGAGGACCGUGUCAUUUGAUGUACCGCCUCAAGAGGUGCUGACGAAGGAUUCUGUGACUGUUGCCGUAGAUGCUGUUGUGUACUACCGCGUUCAGAAUGCAACAAUGUCAAUCACCAACGUGGAGGACUCGAACCGGUCCACGCGGCUCCUGUCUGCCACGACCUUGAGAAAUGUCCUGGGAACAAAGAAUCUGGCCGAGAUCCUCUCCGAGAGAGAAUCCAUCAGCCAUUUAAUGCAGACGUCUCUUGACGAAGCGACCGACCCGUGGGGUGUAAAGGUGGAGCGUGUAGAAGUUAAGGAUGUGCGUCUGCCGGUCCAACUCCAGAGAGCCAUGGCAGCAGAAGCUGAGGCCACCCGGGAGGCAAGAGCCAAGGUGAUAGCAGCCGAGGGAGAACAGAAGGCGUCGCGUGCGCUGAAGGAAGCGGCCGACGUGCUCUCAGAGUCGCCUGCGGCCCUCCAGCUCCGGUACCUCCAGACGCUGAACACCAUAUCGGCGGAGAAGAACUCCACCAUCAUCUUCCCCCUGCCCAUCGACUUGCUGCAGUCCUUCGUGAAGAAGGAACAGAAGACAGCCUUCUAGACUACCAACACACAACUCGAGCUAAUUUGCCUUAUCAGUGUCAUAACAUUCACAUGCUAAACGGUGUAAUACACCGAGUAUCUACCGGAGGCAGGACGUCGGCCAUUUAUAGUUUGUCAGAUGUAUUUUGAUGUUUUUAAUUGUAAAUAUCAUGGAAUUUGAGAAACAAAUGUGGCAUGUUUGAUAUUCAUUAAAUCAAAAUCAAAAAUAUGCAGCUGGAAAAGUGGUUCAAUUUUUUUUUAUCCAUUAGUUUGUUUUUUCCCCCAUUCAGAACCAAAUCUUUUUAAUUUUGGUGUUUUAAUGUAUGAAUUUAAUUGGCAAAUAUACCUUUUUUUUAUACAUUGAAUUACAAAAAAAAAAACCCACCCUUUUUCUAUUACAAUUUAUUUCUGUUUUGGACAUAAAUUUUAACAGAAAAAGAGAACAUGUUUUUUGUAUCUUUUGGUUCAUACAGUCAAGAAUUGAACAAUUAUAGUGGUUAACUGGCUAACAUGUGAAUUUCUUGUUGGAUAGAUGUUUGCAUUGCUCAAUAAUGUCAUACUACAGUGUAACCCCUCUAAACUGGACACCCUUGGGACCAAGACAAAUGUCCGGUAAUAAGAGGGAUCCAGUUUAGAGAGGUUAAGUUCUGUCCUGGUUUUUAAAAAGGGAUUCUGUAAAAUGUCCGGUUUACAAAGGGUCCGGUCUUGAAAGGUUUCACUGUACCUAUUUAUAAAACAACCUGUUAAACUUCUUUUUUUUAAUCAGCAAACUCACCAACUUCAUCUUGGUAACUUUAAAAUUAUACAUACUUGAUUAAUUUACAUACAUGGUUCAUUUUGCAAAUUUUAAAAUUGAUAUCACUAUGGUUGUAUAUUGUUAUUGUAUAUAUUAUGUAUAGUAUACUUUUGUAUGUCAUGUUUUAUAUUGUUACUGAAAUAUAUUCCUACUUGUAAUUGCGAAAGGAACAGAAAACAAUUGUGCAUCACAAGGUUUCAAAACUAAAUGUACUAAUAUUUAUAUUACUCUUAAUAGCAUGAAUUGCUAAUGCCACUAAUUAACUGCUAAUAAGAUAAUUUUAAUCAUGAAAAACAGUAAAGAAAGUGUAUUAAAGAGGAUAUUUUAUGUUCAGAGUAGUCUUGAGGUCAGAUAAACUGUAGGUAUAAAGUGAAAAUAAAGUAGGUAGUAUAUAACGGGGUAUCCAAAAAUAUUUAUGCAAUUUCUGUAGGUGUUGUUUUUACAUAAUCGAUAUAAAAGAACUACAAUUUAAAUUUUGUUUAGCUAAUAUUGAAAUGUUGAUUUUUGACUUUUAAACUUCUAAUACAUUGGGUUCAUAUAAAAAAAAUAGCUGUGUAACAUUUACUCAGUAACAAAUGACCAAAUGUCUUAAAAUGUUAUACUUGUGCAACUUUUUUUUAUAUUAUGCAAGAGUGAAGUUAUUUUGGGCGGUUUUUGGCUCUUUUUAUACUGGCCAUUUUGACAUAAUAGGGUAAUUGUGCCCAUUAAUAUUUUAUUAAUUAUGUGACUGAUUUAUGCCAGUCAUUAAAACUGAAAUUAGCUCAAUCUUACAUAUUGCUGCUGAAUAAUCAACCUUAGUUUUAAUUACCUUCUACCUCUUAAUUAGCAUAAUUUUGUUUACACUAGAGAGCCAUUGGCUCUUUUCUUAUUACAAUGACAUUAAUUUUCAUCUCCAAUUACUUUUAAUUUCUCCAAACCAUAUUACUAUUCAGUGUACAGAACACAUACAAUACAAAGUUAUAUUAAGCUACGUUUCCAUACGUAAGUUUUUCCUGUCUGUUUUUCUGUGAAUAAUUGAAAUGUUUUUCCAUGCCAUUCACAAACCGUGCAUGAUCAGUGUAUGUGAAUUUGGAAUGGCUUUGUGAGCGAUUUUUCAUGGAUUCACAAAAACAAUACAAAGUUAUAUUAAGCUACAUUUCCAUAUGUGCGGGGUUUUUUUUGUCCCUUUUCCAUGAAUAAUUACAAUAAUAUGUCUUCAUGCUAUCUGCAGACCGUGCAUGAUCAGUGUACAGAAAGUUAGAAUUGCUUAACAAGCAAUUUUUCAUGGAUUCACGGAUCACGGAAAUGUGAAAUCCCACAGCUAUGACGUUCUUACCAUGUCCCUUCGAAAUUAAUUUCUGUCAUUAUGUCUUCACAGAUGGAUAUGGAAAUGAUCAACAGGGACAUAGAAUCGUAGCCGUGUGUAUAUAAAGCCUUCUGUUUAGUUCCAUGCAGUUCCUUUCGUAAAAGGCAGUGGUUUUAAAUAUCGGCAUGGCAUUUGUGUUUUAAUGUGAUUCAGUUAAGACAUGUAGUUUUAUACAUUAAUGUGUUAUUUAGUGAAAGCUGGUACCCAACAAGUGUUGAAGAUUUAGUGAAUUGUGUUUAAAGUGUAUAACUAGCUCUUUCCCCACCACACCCCGAUAAACAAAAUGCAAUUACCUAAUAUAGACUUCAUAAACAGGUGAAUUCUCAAAUCAGCUUUUUCAUUCAUUUAGCUUCAAGUAAAAAUGCUCAAGUCGUCUUCCAUUCAUAUUUGGUAAAUGAAGUUAAAGUUUGUUUUUGUUUAAUGACACCACUAGAGCACAGUGAUUUAUUAAUCGUUGGCUAUUGGAUGUCAAACAUUAGGUAAAUGAAAGCUUGAAGCGUGGGAAUAUGACAAAGCAAGAAAACUUUUGAUAGAUAAACAAGUCUGUUUUUAAAGCUGUCUUAGCGCUACAGUAUUGUAAAACCAUCGUAGGCUAUGACAUCAGUAUGAUGUAUGUUGUAGUGGCAUCAUAGCCUGCUAUAGUUUACAAUAUUGUAACACCAUCGUAGGCUAUGACAUCAGUAUGAUGUAUGUUGUAGUGGCAUCAUAGCCUGCUAUAGUUUACAAUAUUGUAACACCAUCGUAGGCUAUGACAUCAGUAUGAUGUAUGUUGUAGUGGCAUCAUAGCCUGCUAUAGUUUACAAUAUUGUAACACCAUCAUAGGCUAUGACAUCAGUAUGAUGUAUGUUGUAGUGGCAUCAUAGCCUACUAUAGUUUACGAUAGCUUUGAAAAUCUGUAGCCUGGUCUCUAGUCUCCAUACAUCAUUAUCCUAAAUGGUAUGAUUCAAGCUGUGAAACAUCCAGUUUCAUAUUACAGAUAUCUAAUAGGAUUUUCAAGUGUGCAAUUUAUUUCAAAUACUUCAUUGCUUUAAUGGAUUCUGCCCAUUAUUCUGGAAAGUGGCAUCUCGUGUAUGGUAGCCAAAUUGUGUAAAUACAAAGCAUUUAAAUUUUAUUUAAAAAAAAAAAGCAACCAUUGUUUUGGCGUAUUAAAAAUACCAUGGAAUUUCCUUAGUACUAAGAGAAUUACAUAUGUAAUGUGCUUUUCUUUUUUUUCCCCUGUACAUUUAAUCAUCAUGGCAUUCAUUGUACUGUGACUUGUUUACGGGGUAUCGUAAUCCGAGCUCACUUGCAGAUAAUGCGAAAUAGCUCAACAUUUUCUUAUUGUUCACUUUCAGUUUGAUAUUUAAAUAAAAAAUAUAUCUUA